CUAGGAAUAGCCACGCUUUGGUUUUUCGCUUCAUACGAAGCCAAGCUGCGGCAUCGGACAGCUUUGACUGGUUCGGACAUCACUAAUCGAUCACAGCUGCACGCCUGAAACAGCAGCGUGCCGAUUAGAGGCUUUUAAAAGGCUAAACACAGCCUACCCGCGAAAGCCGCUCUCCGGCAGGAUAUAAGCGCAAGAAACGCAGCAGAAAACGCCGCGCCCCGCUCCCCGACGUCGAAGAAGGCCUCGGCGACGCGGUCCGCAGCCAACACCCCCCAAAAACCAAGCAAAUAAACGUCGUCGAGACAAGGCGGGAAACCAUGGAGUUCUCGCACGUCGGCGACGUCCUGCACCCGUCGCCGGAUGACGUCGAGGCAGCAGUAAGGGCCGCAGGCACGAACACGGGAGAAGAAGUUUUAGAAGCCGCGAGACGGAAGAAGAUGAGUUUCGUCCGGAGGCAAUUAGCGCCGGAGGCAUCUCGAAGAGUCGACGCGGCCCUCAGCGAGGAGUUCAUCGGCGCGCCGGGGUGGCGGGUAGAAGUCGUCCAGGCGAGGCAGGUCUGCGGCGGGCCGUUGUGGUGCGUGUCGUCCGGAGGCAAGGGUCUCGUUGCUUGUGGUGGUUCUGAUGGUGUCGUGCGAGUAGCGACCCUAGGAACGUUUGAGCGUGCCGAAAGGUGGCGACUCAAUCGGGAUUCGGCGUUGUCUGAUGUCCAACUGCUCGAGGGCCACGAAGGGGCGGUCUUCGACUGCGCGUUUUCGAGGCAGGAGGACAAGAAGAAGACCACUCUCGUAACAGUAUCGGCGGACGCUACCGCAAGGUUGUGGACGGGCUGGGAGGGCGACCCGAGACUCUCGCCGGGUUUGAUCUUCGCCCACGGGCAGGGCGUCUGCUGCUGCGCUUGGUUAGGGGGCGAAUCAUUUGUGACCGGCGGCUUCGACCGAAACAUCCGAGUGUGGCACAUUCCCGACCGCAAGGCGACGGCCUGGGCCCACUUGAACGAUGCGGUUACUGCUGUUGGUUGCAGAGCGUCGGACGGUCCUGGGGCUCCAGCAAGGUUAGGUGUCGGUACAAGAGGCGGCCAGGUCUUCGUCUACAAGUCACGAGAUCAUACCCAUGUAGAAUGCGACGAGAUGGUGCUGGGGACCAUGCGUGCGGGAGCCUUCAACGAAGCGGAACGAUGCGGUGCUGCGGGCAUUCGGGCCCAAUCCAAUGCUCUGCAGGGCAUCGUGGCCGGUUCGGCCAAGCCCAAGAAAAAAGGUGGAGGGGGCUUCUUCUCCAAAUUGUUCAAGCCCCGGAAGAAGACCGCUGAUUUGCAAGCCGAGUCCGAGGCGCGCGCGGCGGAAUUCCUAUCAGGUACCGACGAGGACACGAAAGUGGAAGAGCAGAGUACUGAUGACGAAGGCGACGAUAGUUCUGAAGAUGGCGAUCUACAGGAAAUAGAACAGACCGACAAGGUCGCUUCUAUUGAGUCCGUGAAGUAUAGAGCUUCCUCGAUCUCAUUUCCCAGAGAGGACGGGUUAUUGUGCUGCGCGAACAACGGCGAGCCCGCUCUCUACGAUGCGAUGAACCCCCAGAAGGACGCUCAAACCACUUUUCGGGGAGGUGUUAGAUCUGUGGUGGGCUGCGGCGUGUCUGCGGACGAGACGGGCACGUUCUGCGUCGGAGGCUCGGAGACGGGCCAAAUCUUAGCGUGGCGGCUGCCUGAUGUUGGGACGUCGAAGCCCGAAGCGCUGCCCUUGGAAAUCGACGUGAAGGCACGGAACGCUCGGAUUGCAGCGGUUACUGCCGUUGCUUUUGUGCCUGCUGAGAGCGCGUCCGCUACCUUAGAUGCAAAAGUACUGAAGGCGACCUACGACAAUACUGGAGCGUGUUUGAUCGUCGCGACGGACUACUCUGGAAGGUUACUCGUCGCUCAGCGCGAGCCGGGCGACGCGCACGCCGAAGGUGUCGAUACUUUACCGACGCCGCCGCCGUCGGCCACGAAGACGAAGAAGAAGCGCCCGUCCCUGCCGGGCCAGGCCUACGUCGAGGAGGAGUAAGUCGGCCAUUUCUUGCAUUAAC